AUGUCUCUGUGUUAUUCUCCUUCUCUGUGUUCUCUCUGCCUUCAUCUGUACCUGUGGACUGUACUGUAGAUAUGAUUCAUUAAAAUGAUUCACUGAUUCAUCUGGGAGUGAUUCAUGUGAGAGUUGUAGCUCAUGAUGGCAGACUACCACAGCAGCACCGAUCAUGUCUCUGUGUUAUUCUCCUUCUCUGUGUUUUCACGGCCUUCAUCUGUACCUGUGGACUGUACUGUAUAUAUGAUUCAUUAAAAUGAUUCACUGAUUCAUCUGAGAGUUAUUCAUGUGAGAGUGGAAGCUCGUGAUGGCGGACUCACACAGCAGAAGUGAUCAUGUCUCUGUGUUAUUCUUUUUCUAUCUGUGUUCUCACAGCCUUCAUCUGCUGUGGACUGGAUUGUAGUUCUGAUUCAUUAAAAUGAUUCACUGAUUCAUAUGAGAGUGAUUCAUGUGAUAGUGGAAGCUCAUGAUGGCGGACACACACAGCAGCAUUGAUCAUGUCUCUGUGUUAUUCUCCUUCUCUGUGUUCUCACGGCCUUCAUCUGUAGCUGUUGGUUCUGGAUAUGAGGUUCUGAUCCAGAAGUUUCUCUCUCUCUAUGGACAUCAGAUCGAUAUUCAGCGUAAAUUCGUGAUUCAGUGUUUCUCGGCGGAUUGGGGUCAGUACAUUGAUUUACCGAAGGGAUUCACGGUCACAGAGAGAUGUCGUCUCAGAUUAGUGCCUCUGCAGGUGGAUAUGACUCUGUUGGGAAACCUCUCAGUAGCCACCACAGUUUUCUUCUGCUGUGAUAUGCAGGAGAGAUUCAGACCUGCCAUCAAAUACUUCGGUGACAUCAUCAGUGUUGGACAGAGACUGCUGCAGGGUGCUCGGAUUCUGGGUAUCCCUGUGCUCGUGUCAGAGCAAUACCCAAAAGGUUUGGGCAGCACAGUUCAAGAGCUGGAUCUGACCGGGACUAAACUAAUUUUUCCCAAAACAAAGUUCUCCAUGGUUCUUCCUGAAGUGGAGGCCGCACUGGCUGAACUUCCUGCAGUCCGCAGUGUUGUGCUCUUUGGUGUCGAGACACACGUGUGCAUUCAGCAGACAGCUCUGGAUCUUGUAGGAAGAGGGUUUGAAGUGCACAUUGUUGCUGAUGCCACAUCAUCUAGAAGUAUGAUGGACAGAAUGUUUGCUCUAGAGCGUUUGGCUCGUACUGGAAUCAUCAUCACCACCAGUGAAUCUGUCCUGCUUCAGCUCGUGGCUGAUAAAGAUCAUCCAAAGUUUAAAGAGAUCCAGACCAUCAUUAAAGCCAGUGCUCCAGAGUCAGGCCUGCUGUCUAAAGUUUAAAUACACAUUGAGAGAGAGAGCAAAAACACAACCACAGCUCCUCUACACACACUGAUACAUAAAUAAAGACUCACAUUCAGUUUAACAAUGGAUUCAAAUGCUCACCAGCAGAUGUUUGUCAGCAUAAAAAGUGGUUAAAUAUAUUUCACAUGCAGUCAUUUAUAUUUGAUGUGCAUCAUUUAAAGUCAUGCAUGUAAAAUUUAUUUUUAGAUGUCAUUAAGAUGAGGAAAUGUUAGAGUUGAAUGCAUCUGACUGUGCUCAGAUCAGCAGAAGAACUUCACAGUCAAACACAGCAUACUGGAUAACUGUGUUGUUUAUACCUGAAUGUAAAUGAUGGUUGUGGACAGAUGUAUUUGAAUGCUGAUGUUUUAAUAUUAAGCAUUAUUGAUAAAUUCAAGUAUGACUAUGUCAAAAAUGUCAGCUCCUACAGAUUCUGGGUUAAGAUCCAUUUCACUAGAUCUUGUGUUAGAUCUCUCUCAUGUCAGAUAAAAGACUUUGUCUGUUAUUUUAAGAUAUGUUGUGAGUUAUUUUAAGAUAUGUUGUGAGUUAUAACACUUCUUCUCAAAUAAACACACUCAGAUAUAAAGAUGAGCAGACAAGAGACAAAAGAACAACAUAAGAAUAAUAGUAGGGGAGAGCGGGGCACAACCUAACGCUUUUUUGUUUUGGCUCAGUCAUUAAAAAUAUUUGAGUUUGAUUAAUUAUAUUUUUACACAGCAACACACAUCUCUGCUACAAAUGAACAUUUGAAGUUUGUUUCCAGUACUUACCAUUCUUGGACAAUUACACCAAAUGUGACAGAAGUGCAAACGUUACAACUUACCCCAUAGGUGGGGUUAAUUGUAACAGGCAGGGGGUUAGUUGUAACACUUGAUAAAAAUUAAGUUUGCAGGCAAAUAUUUCAAUACUAUUUUGUCUAUAUACUUGAAGUGGAUAUUGUUUAUAUAUUUGCCUAUAAUAGACACAUAUCUACACUGUUCAUCCCUCAUCUAAUCAUUGUUCAAUUAUAAAUGGAUACAAAUGUCUAAAUAUGUGACAAAAAGCAGCACAGUUAUGACCAUUUUAUUUAUAUUUGACCCAGUCUGUAAUAACCAUACUACAGUUUCAAAAUCAAAUUCUGAGAUAAUGAGCAUCAAAGUUUGAUUUUAGCCAUUCAUUUCAUUAUGAUUUCAAUCUUUGAUGUGACCUUCUUCAAUCAAUAUUAAAGAUAUGAACAAAAAUUAAUUGGACACAUGAUUUUUGAUAAGACAGGCAAAUUUAUUUUGUUGUCAGCCAGCUAUCAUUUGUGUGGAGCCUAUUUAAAACAACAGCAAGAAUUACGCUAACGUUAGCAGUUUUCAUAUGGUUAGUGCUGUGUAAAAAUAUUUUCAAGCCUACCAAAGUUGCUAAGAGCUGCAGACAUAUUUCAAAAUGAUGCAAUGUUUUAGUCAGCAAGACACUGGUUAAUUAGCCUGGUCCAACCAGACUCUCGUACAUUCAUUUCAUUUGUACAGAGAGUCUGGCCACGCUCCAUUGCAAAGCGUUACUUCCGUUAAGGAGGGUCCUCUGUUGAAGUUUAAAACUAUUGGAUCUGCCCAGAGUCACUCAGAAUCGGCCAUAGGCGAUCGCUAACGUGUGGUCGUGACGUAUAUCAUGCACCGAAACUGGCCAGAAACAAGUCAGAACAAUCAGACAAACAAAACUUAGCAAACCUGGUUCUUGCUCCGCCUUUAACUUCUGUAUAUUCGGUAGUUUUGCAACAACGGAACGAAUAGCUUUUCUCACGUCUUUCUCCGCUGCCAUUACUGAACUGACGCACGACCUCAACGUCAUCGUUCUUAGCCACCCCCGUCUGUUCGCUGAUUGGUCCUGCAGAUUUUUGCAGGAGAAAACGAAACUCUACAGAGCAGUCCCAGACGUAGUACUGAAGCGAAAUGAAAAUUAAGCGGAAGCACGUAGGAGGGCGGAGCCAGGCUACUGGUUAAUAUGACAUAACAUUGGUUUUGGUAUCUUACACACCCAACUCAGAGACCAAAAAAAAAACAUAUGAUGAAAACAUUUACUUACAUGCAACCAAAACACUCUUUCAUCAAUAACUCUAUGGAAAAAACAUUAUACAUUUCCAUAUAUUUGAAAAGUAUUUUGGCAGUGUGAAAACAAUAUCGGACAAAACAACUCGCUCAACCCUGUGCAACAAUGUAAACGGUCCGUGUUACAAUUAACCCCGCAUAAGUUUGUGCCCCACGCACCCCAUACAUGAUGAAAUGAAUGCAGAUUUAAAAUAAAAAGAUGUGUGAAGAAUAGUAAAUCCAUAAA